UGUUUUGGCGUAGCAGAGGCCCAGGUGAAAGGAAGUGGUCCCACCGAGGACGAAUAGCCACCAAAUCGGGACAGCAAGAGUGACUGGAAAUGAGGACAUCCAACGAAUGAUUUCAAGUAUUAUUAGCCAAGACGAUCAAUUGUAAAACAUAAAUCAGGGCUGGAGGAACCAGCACAAUCCCUGCCACUUUGCAUUUGUGUAGAGGUCUUAAAUGUGGGGGAACAUCGGAAGUUGAUUAAGAGAUAUUUUAUUAUGAAGCCCAGAUUACGUGUUUUCUGUUUAUCCAGAAAGUUUCAAUUGUUACCUUGAACUUCUGAAACAACUAGGAUGAAGAAAUGAGAUAAAGUGGACGACUGGAGGAGCCCAGCCUCACCUCCAACUCUUUGAAGCAUGGCAGGCCUACAGCUUGUUACCCCUGCCACUUCACCCAUGGGGCCUUUCUUUGGUCUGCCAUGGCAGCAGGAGGCUAUCCAUGAUAACAUCUAUACCCCUAGGAAAUAUCAGGUAGAACUUCUUGAAGCAGCUCUUGAACAUAAUACUAUCGUCUGCUUAAAUACCGGCUCAGGGAAGACCUUUAUUGCAGUACUUCUUACAAAAGAGCUCUCCCACCAAAUCCGCGGACAUUACCAAGAAAAUGCAAAGAGGACAGUUUUUCUGGUGAACACAGCGUUGUGUGUAGUUCAGCAAGCGGCUGCAGUCAGGACUCACUCUGACCUCCAGGUGGGAGAGUACACAGAUUUGGAGGGGACCUCAGCAUGGACUGACCAACAGUGGAAUCAAGAGAUAAUCGAGAAUCAGGUUCUGGUCAUGACGUGCCACAUAUUCUUACAUGUUCUGAAGAAUAAAAUCUUACAGUUGUCUAAAAUCAACCUGGUGGUUUUUGACGAUUGUCACCUGGCUAUCACAGACCACCCCUACUGUGAGAUAAUGAAGCUGUUUGAGGGCUGCUCUUGCAGUCCUCGUAUCCUGGGUCUCACAGCAUCCAUUCUGAAUGGAAAGUGUGACCCAUCAGAACUGGAGCAGAAGAUCCAGAAUCUGGAGAGAAUCCUGAAGAGCAACGCUGAAACUGCCACUGACCUUGUGGUCCUGGACAGAUACGCCUCUCAGCCAAGAGAAGUGGUACUGGACUGUGGCCCCUACUUGGAUAAGAGUGGCCUCUCCUCCCAUCUGCAGACGGAGCUGGAUGAAGCUCUCCUCUUCCUGAACGAUUGCAACAUAUCUGUUGCCAAAGACGAGCGUGAUCCCACAUUCAUCUCCAAACAGGUCCUGAGUGACUGUCGGGCCGUGCUGCAGGUGCUGGGGCCCUGGUGUGCGGAUAAAGCUGCGGGCAUCAUGGUGCGGGAGCUCCAGAAGUACAUCAAACAUGAGCAAGAGGAGCUCAACCGCAAGUUUCUGCUCUUCACAGAUACCAUCCUGCGCAAAGUGCAUGCCCUCUGCGAGGAGCACUUCUCCCCCGCCUCGCUGGACCUCAAGUUCGUCACCCCCAAGGUCCUCAGGCUGCUGGAGAUCCUGCACGAAUACAAGCCCUUCGAGCGGCAGCAGUUUGAAAGUGUAGAGUGGUAUAACAACCGCAACCAGGACAACUACGUGUCCUGGAGCGACUCUGAGGAUGAAGAUGAGGAUGAGGAGGUGGAGGCCAAAGAGAGGCCUGAAGCCAAUUUUCCCUCUCCAUUCACCAACAUCCUGUGUGGGAUCAUCUUCGUGGAGAGGCGUUACACAGCUGUCGUCCUCAAUCGUCUGAUCAAAGAGGCAGGGAAGCAGGACCCAGAGCUGGCUUACAUCAGCAGCAACUUCAUCACUGGCCACAGCAUCGGCAAGAACCAGCCACGGAACAAGCAAAUGGAGGUGGAGUUCAGGAAACAAGAGGAGGUUCUUCGCAAAUUCAGGGCUCAUGAAACUAACCUGCUGAUCGCCACCAGCAUCGUCGAGGAAGGCGUGGAUAUUCCAAAGUGUAACCUGGUGGUGCGGUUUGACUUGCCCACAGAGUACAGGUCCUACGUCCAGUCCAAAGGCAGAGCUCGGGCACCUGUCUCCAACUACAUCAUGCUGGCUGACAGUGAGAGGACCAAAGCCUUCGAGGAAGAUCUCACUACCUACAAGGCCAUAGAGAAGAUCUUAAGGAACAAGUGCUCUAAGACAAUGGAGGUGAGUGAGUUUGAAGUUGAGCAGGUGCUGGAUGAUGACAACAUCCUCCCGCCCUAUGUGCUUCGAUCUGAGGAUGGAGGUCCCCGGGUCACCAUCAACACAGCCAUCGGACACAUUAACAGGUAUUGUGCUCGGCUUCCCAGUGACCCGUUCACCCACUUGGCACCUAAGUGUAAAACUAAGGAGAUGCAGGACGGACGUUUCCAAUCCACACUCUAUUUACCCAUCAAUUCCCCUCUGCGAGUUCCUGUUAAGGGUCCUACGAUGAACUGUGCCAGACUGGCAGAGAAAGCAGUUGCACUAGUGUGUUGUGAGAAACUCCACAAAAUAGGUGAGCUGGAUGAUCACCUGAUGCCGGUAGGAAAGGAGACCGUGAAGUAUGAGGAGGAGCUGGACCUUCAUGAUGAGGAGGAGACGAGCGUACCAGGCAGGCCCGGCUCUACCAAGAGGAGGCAGUGCUACCCUAAAGCCAUACCAGAGUGUCUGCGGGACAGUUACGCUUUCCCGGAGCAGACUUACUACCUAUAUGUGAUUGGGAUGGUCCUCACCACCCCUCUCCCUGAUGAACUCAACUUCCGCAGAAGGAAACUCUACCCCCCGGAGGACACCACCAGGUGCUUCGGCAUAUUGACUGCCAAACCCAUACCUCGAAUCCCCCAUUUCCCAGUGUACACUCGCUCGGGUGAGGUGACCAUCUCCAUUGAGCUGCAGAAGUCUGGCUUCACACUCACCGCUGCCCAGCUCGACCUCAUCACCCGCCUGCACCAGUAUAUUUUCUCCCAUAUCCUCCGCCUAGAGAAACCUGCACUGGAGUUCAAGCCCACGCUGGCCGACUCGGCUUACUGCGUUCUACCUCUGAAUGUUGUUGGGGAAUCCAACACACUAGAUAUGGACUUUAACUUCAUGGAGGACAUUGAGAGGUCUGAGGCCCGCACUGGCAUUCCUACCACUCAGUACACCAAGCAGAACCCCUUCACCUUCAAGCUUGAGGACUACCAGGAUGCAGUCAUAAUUCCAAGGUAUCGUAACUUCGACCAGCCUCAUCGCUUCUAUGUAGCUGAUGUGUACACAGACCUGACGCCGCUCAGUAAGUUUCCUUCACCUGAGUAUGAGACAUUUGCUGAGUACUACAAAACCAAGUACAACCUGGACCUGUCCAACCUGAACCAGCCGCUUCUGGACGUAGACCACACCUCAUCCAGACUGAACCUGUUAACCCCUCGGCACCUGAACCAGAAGGGCAAAGCCUUGCCUCUCAGCAGUGCAGAAAAGAGGAAGGCCAAGUGGGAGAGUCUGCAGAACAAACAGAUCCUGGUUCCAGAGCUGUGUGCCAUCCACCCCAUCCCUGCCUCCCUGUGGAGGAAAGCAGUGUGUCUGCCCAGCAUCCUCUACCGCCUCCACUGCCUCCUGACUGCAGAGGAGCUCAGAGCCCAGACUGCCAGUGAAGCUGGAGUGGGAGUCCAGACCCUCCCCCCUGACUUCAGGUAUCCAAACCUGGACUUUGGCUGGAAGAGAUCUAUCGACAGCAAAACCUUCAUCUCCUGUCCUGAGUCCUGCAGCGAGGAUGGUGAGGGUCACUGUGAGCACCUAGAGACUGUAACCCCUGAACCCAGUUCCACAAGACAUCCCAGUCGCCACUCUUCCCUAUUGGAGCAGGGGCAGCUUGCAGCCCUUGAACCUGGAGAAGCCACCUGCCCGAGGAACCUAACCAACGGCACUGCCCUAGUCACCAACUGCGGCGAUGACGGCCACCAAAUUGAGUACCUUCCCCAACAUGACAAUUGCCAAUGCUCCCAGCCCAGCUCCCCUGGGCUGCAGAGCCCUGAAUCAAUGCAAACCACUACCUCAAUUCCUGUGCAGCCCUCUCACAGCUUGAAGAAGCCCAGCUCCAGUCCUUCACAGCCUAGUGAUGAAUGUACAUCGGGGAGGACCUCUGACCACACAAAUAAAGCUACCUCAGUCUGCAGCCAGGCAGCCACGUGUCCCAACCCUCCCACAGCACCUUCUCCUGACCUUGCCGCUAUUUCCCAGCACAGAGCCCAGGCAGGAGACUGCCCCAAAAGUCUGGGGCCCAACCCGGGCCUCAUCCUGCAGGCCUUGACACUAUCCAAUGCCAGUGACGGCUUCAACCUGGAGCGGCUGGAGAUGCUAGGAGACUCUUUCCUCAAGCAUGCCAUCACCACAUACUUGUUCUGUACCUACCCUGACGCUCACGAGGGACGACUCAGCUACAUGCGCAGCAAAAAGGUGAGCAAUUGUAACCUGUACCGCCUGGGGAAGAAGAAGGGGCUCCCCAGCAGGAUGGUGGUGUCCAUCUUUGACCCUCCUGUUAACUGGCUGCCUCCUGGCUACGUGGUCAACCAGGACAAGAGCAGCACAGACAAACUGGAUUCAGAGGAGGCCAAAGAGGAGCCUCUGGCCAAUGGGCAGUCUGGAAAUGACUACGAUGAGGACGAUGAAGAGUGUGAGGAGGUGGACGAGGAUGCUGAGCUGAUGCUGAAGGAUGAGCCAAAGGAUGAAGUCAACAUGGAGGACGAUCUGGAGUAUUACAAGGAGCACAUCAAAUUCAUUGACAACAUGUUGUUGGGAUCUGGUGCUUUUGGUAAGAAGAUCUCUCUGAGUGGCUUCCCUCCCUCUCUCACCCCAGCCUCGGGCUCCGCCUCCACCAUGGAGUCUCCGUAUGAGUGGAAGGCCCCCAAGAAGCCCCUCCAUCCCACCACUGUCCACUACGCCUCAGAGCCGGCACCCAGCGGGCCCUCUGCCGAGGAGUUUGACUACAGCUCGUGGGAUGCCAUGUGCUACUUGGAUCCCAGCAAGGCUGGAGAGGAGGACGACUUUGUGGUGGGUUUUUGGAAUCCGUCUGAAGAGAACUGCGGCGUUGAGCUCGGCAAGCAGUCCAUCUCCUAUGACCUGCACACAGAGCAGUGCAUUGCUGACAAGAGCAUUGCAGACUGUGUGGAGGCUCUGCUGGGCUGCUACCUGACGAGCUGCGGAGAGAGAGCCGCUCAGAUGUUCCUUUGUUCACUGGGCCUCAAGGUGUUACCAUUGGAGAGAGGGACCCCGAAAGGAACAACAUUGCAGAGCUGUCAGAUCGUAGCCGUAGGCUUGUGCUAUGGCUGGCUGAAGAUCCCACCCCGCUGCAUGCUGGACCAUCCAGACGCUGAGCGAACUCUCAACCACCUCAUAUCCGGCUUCGAGAACUUUGAAAAAAAGAUCAACUACACCUUUCAGAACAAGGCUUACCUCCUGCAAGCCUUCACCCACGCUUCCUACCAUUACAACACCAUUACAGAUUGUUACCAGCGGCUGGAGUUCCUUGGUGAUGCAAUUCUAGACUACCUCAUAACGAAGCACCUUUAUGAAGACCCCCGGCAGCACUCUCCAGGCGUGCUGACCGACCUGCGCUCAGCACUCGUCAACAACACCAUCUUUGCCUCUCUGGCCGUCAAGUAUGACUACCACAAGUACUUCAAGGCCAUCUCACCUGAGCUUUUCCACGUCAUUGACGACUUUGUGCAGUUUCAGUUGGAGAAGAACGAGAUGCAAGGCAUGGACUCCGAGCUGCGACGCUCUGAAGAAGACGAGGAAAAGGAGGAGGACAUCGAGGUCCCUAAGGCCAUGGGGGACAUCUUUGAGUCACUAGCUGGAGCAAUUUACAUGGACAGCAGGAUGUCAUUGGAGACGGUGUGGCAAGUGUAUUAUCCAAUGAUGAGGCCGCUUAUAGAGAAAUUCUCUGCCAAUGUGCCACGCUCUCCUGUGAGGGAGCUGCUCGAGAUGGAGCCAGAAACUGCCAAGUUCAGCCCUGCAGAGAGAACAUAUGACGGGAAAGUCCGGGUGACGGUGGAGGUCGUCGGUAAGGGCAAGUUUAAAGGAGUUGGCCGCAGCUACCGGAUCGCCAAGUCGGCAGCGGCGCGACGAGCUCUGCGCAGCCUCAAAGCCAAUCAACCUCAGGUCCAAAACAACUGAGCUCAGCAUUAGCACCUAAGCUAUAGACGCUAACGGAGAAAAGGCAAAGUCUGCUCCCCAACAAGAUGCGAUGCUAGCCCUGUAUCUUCAGCCUGCAAUGGCACCACCAAGGCAGCCAGGGAACACUGUGUGGAGACGCAACAAAAUAAACAGACUGAUCUCACAGCAGAUUUCACAUCGGAUCUUUUACCUUAUUUCUUUUCCUUUUUUUGCGCAAACACAAUCUUUACUUUCCCUUCUCUGCUUUGUGUAAUCACAUGAGUGCUUUAUUAACGUUUAGCAAAGUGUUUUAAAAAAGGUCAGGUCGCAGUGUCUAUUCCUCACUGUUUUUGAUUUGUGUUUCUUUGGUUAACCUCUGUGUCAGUGAGAUGAGGCUUAUGCUUAUUGUGUAGUAUUAGAUUGUACAUAGCUCAAUCAAAGGUGUAAAUCAAAGUAUGUAGGAAGGAAAAAAAACUCUAAACUCCUCAGCCUGUGCACUAGUGCCAGUCAGUUUUAUAGCGUUUUUUUUUUUAAACGCUAAUGACAGACAUGGCUAACAGAUACCACUGGAGCAAAACGCCUGGUGGCACUUCUGUCUGAAAUCUGUCUUGAAAUGGUAUUCUUAAUCAUUUUUGCACUUAUUCCAUUAGGGUCUGUUACUUUGAGAAUUGUGUGGUCACAUUGACACCAAAAUCAUAUACGUAGCAAACUAUAUAAAUAUAUAUAAAAAUAAUAAAAGACAUGAAUGAUAUUCUUGGCCUUAAACGUUAAGGCUCACCCUCAUAUCCUGCUAAAUGGAUAGGAAUUUCAACAUUCCCAGUUACUGUAAUUUAAACUAGUUUUUAACCGCACUUGAGGUUGCAUGUUCUUGUAGCUUAUGUAAAAACCAUGACAACUGGAUGGCUUCUAUAAAUGUUCAAAAUUGAUGGAUAUAUCUAGAGUGUGUGAGAGCAAGAUUAGAUGUUUAUGGCAUUAUCUUGAUGAUUUGGUUUAACAUGUUUUAAUACCAAGAAUGGAUGGAAUUGAAUUAGUCAUUCUCACGUACUAAAUGUCUUUCCACAGAGCAAAUCAUCCAGUUUUGAUAUAAGAAGAGAAAGACAUAUCACGUUCAAUAUGCUGCAGACUUUUGUACAAAUUGGAUACUCAUGUAAGACACACAGAAUCUUUUCAAAUACAGUCUUUGCGAAAAAGGCCAAUUCAUUUCAACACACUAGUGUUCCUCACAUCCCGUACCUACCAAAGCUAUAACAGAUGUGAUGCUAUGAGGUUGAAGUUGAUUCCUAGGGAUAAGGAUACCAGCCUUUUUUUGUGUGUGGUUUCUGUUCUGAGAAAUUUUGCUUCUUGCUAAAUGUCUUUUUUUUCCUCAUCAGUAAGCCCUUUUUCACUUGAAUACCUCAGUUAAUUGCAUGCAUUUUCUUGUCUAUAUUUUGUUUUUCUUUUUUGUUUGGUGCUAUGUUUUUGUAUUAAGCUUGAAUUUCUCAUCUUUUUUGCACUGUAACUAUAAUACCUCUUUAUUUGACUUUUUGGGGGGGGAGGGGGUGGGGACGGUUUGUCAGCCAUCAAGCUGUAGGAGAGCUGCAUUGUCAUCUCUUCCCCCUCCCAGGCUUGAGGUUUACACUUGAUGAUUUGUGGGGUUCAGGAAGUGUAUUCUCUGCACAUAAGCCUAACUGUUUUGUUUUUUCCUCAUUCAUUAGAUAUUAAUUUUAUCAGUUGAGAAUCUGUUUUUGAAUUCUGGAUAAAAAACAAACACGUGAUUGAUUGGUCAGAUGGGUAAAUGCUUGUAGAGCUAAUCAGACUGCACUCUUAAAUUUACUCCAAAACAUAGGCAUAUGUGAAAAUACAUACCCGUGUGGUUGUGAAACUGUGUUAGCUAUCUGAAAUUGGAUUCACAGUCAUGGAAUCUCACCCACAGGUGCUUCUACCUCAGGACGGUGCACUCAGUGUUCAUUUCUGGACAAGGCUGCAAUUCAGUUCAGUAACUCUGGCAGUGACACAUACUCAAGUGUUUUCACUGUCUACAUCACAUAGACAGUAUACAACACACGAGCCAGCAUUCCCUUACUGUAAUUUGUGUCUCAUGUCUUGAAUGGAGGCAAGUGAAACUCAGUGCCUUCUCUGUGGGAGAUCAGCUACAGCAUGGGCUGGAUUUAAAUUCAAACACAGAGGGGAUGUUAUUAAAUGAAUUCAUCCAAAUUUGAGUUUGUAUAUGCACUUAAAAUUUAAUGUGAUUUUGUUUUUGCUUUUUAAGUAAAUCACAUAUUAUCUGAAGAUUUGAAACAGACUGCAGAUCUGCAGUUUGUAAAUCUACCCUACAGUAUAGUAGAACAGACCCAACAUCAGCUGAGCUCCCAAAAUAUUGAGCGGUAAUUAGUUCAAUUGCUAAUUUAGUUUGUAAUACACCAAUAAAGCACGAUAGAAACUAAAUGACCGAGACGCCUGCAUCGUUACUCAGGCCUUUCAGGUUAGAUUGUGCUUCUAAAUAAAUCUCUGUUUAAUGAAGUUGCGACAAACUGAAUGUUGACUAACAAAAACAAGGGCCAAAUGGAGAGACGUGAGGUCAUUUGGGGCCCAAUGUUAAUGUUUGCCCUAGGCCCCCAGAAAGGCUUAAUGUCCCUUCACUUUGUUUGAAGCAGGCACCUUAUCUACCCCCAAAACAUUUGAUUAAAUUACAGUUAUCUGGUUCAUCAAAACAUCCAUUGGCCAGCUGACUCCAGCAUUACUGCAGGCUUAAGAUUUCCGUGGGAGCAGAGAAGGAAGAAAAUCUUUAAAGGCAUAUAGUGAAAUUCGCUGGGACUGGCUAACUCCGGCAGCCACCAUGGUCAAAUAUGGAUACUGCUCAAAACGCAGCACUCUUAAAAUAACAGGCAAAACAAAGUCAUUGCGAUGAUCUGACAAGAGACUGGCCACGGGUCCUGUUGCUUCCAGGACGAAGAGAGAGACCUGUAGCAAUCUGAAACCACUGUAGACAGGAAAGUUUAACCCGAGUCCCACUUAGGGUCAGGUUUCAGUGUUCAGCUCGGUCCAAAAAUCCUCUAGUCAAGAAUGAAAUGAGAACAAAACUUGAUCUAACCACUGAAAACGUCUUGUCAUCUGUGGAUUUAGUCUUUGUUCAUUUGAGCUGUAGAUCCCUCACUGUGCCUCACAGCUCAGAAGCAACAGAACUACAUGUGAAGUUCAUCGUGUUCAUUUUGAAUGUGUUGAGUUAAGUUCAUCUAACAGAAAAGCAUACAUUUAAAUCCACUCUGCUGGGACUGGUCUUUAUUUGUGUCUCCUGCCAGCAGCUGGACUUCCCUCAGAUCUCUUGUUGGGUGCCAUACUUACAUACUCAUGUUUUGGGUCCCACAGAUCACAAUGUGAAAACUAAAGUAUGACUUUGUGAAAUCCUUCAGUUCUCAUGUUCAAAAUUCAGUUACAGCAUGACAGCUUUCUACAAUCUGUCUCUGUUAAAGAGUGCAGUCUGUCAUUAUUUCUCAAGCAGCUGUCUGAACCUCUGGUCUGUCUAGGUAAGCCCUUAAAUCUGGCCUGUGCGUUUUCAUUUCCCUGUUAGAGAUUGUCAGACUUGAGAUUUGGAGUGUAUCUGACCCUCCAGUCACACACCUUCCAACACCUCAGUCUGUAGUGCACGCGCACACUGCCAUUUAGACCGGUCCUCUGGCUCAACACACUGAUUAUCUGUAAGUGUCCAGGAGGGACGGGGGGGAGUGAUAGUGAAAAAAAGAAUGUGAAAUUCCUCUUACGGUGCCACGCCCACUCUACUUUGGUCUGUGACUGAGAAAAAAAUAAGAUUCACAAAAAUCUUGUCAGCCACAAGUGGCAUCAAAAUCCAACAACCCUGUAUGUUAGUUUUUGUUUUUGAGGAGGAGGAAGGUGUGUGUGGGAGUGCUGGAGUUGAGGUGGUCCUGUGUUAUUCGGGGUGGACUACAUUUUCUCAUACUGGCAGAUUUGUUUUUCUUUUCUUUUUGUACAUGUAGCACAAUUGAGCAUUGCACUUGGGCGCCAUACUUUACCUCAUGUCAGUGUGAAAGGGAGUGAAAGAUGGAGGGGAAAAAAGAAUUGUAUAUAUGUUGCCGUAUUGUCAAGAGGACUAACUUGUGGUUCAGGCUUUGCUGCUGUUUCAAUUGCUGGUAUUACUAAAAGGAGAAUAAGGGGCUAUGGGAGGGGAGGCUAACUGUGCCUGCCCGUCAUCAUUUGACAAUACACUGUAAAAAGAAUCCACAAUUUGGGGCUCAAACAUCUGGACGUCAUUCUACACUGACGUCCUGCCUUAAACGGUUGUUUGGAAAUGAACUGUGAGUCGAACUACCACGUCCAGUCAUGGCUUGAAUGAUGAACUCACACUCUUGGUUUAAUUCUCUUCUGACUACUUUGAUAUGGACACGUCAUCCAGGCGAUGCUCCCAGCCUCUUUUCUGCUCCUGUGCUGUGUUGGUUUGGAGUACAAGACAAACCUCCCCUAACCCUUUAAUUGGGAACUUAAAGGAAAAAUCCACUCAAACCUGUUCUUGUGCUUUUGGGUAAAUCAUAGAUCAUAAUGAUGUGUCGUCGCUUGUUGUAGCAGUGUUCACACUUGUCUUUAACAGGCGUAGUCUACUCAUACACCAGUUUGUGAAUUCUGUGUAAGUGCAGCAGGCUGUGCCUUGUACUCCAGUAGAGUUUGUCAAACAAACAAAUUAAAUUUUAAAUUUGUGGAACAUUUUCCCUUUGCGACAGUCCUAAUGUGUUUCUUUUGAUUGGAAUUGGGCAUACAACAGGUAACCAAGGCUGUAAAAAGGAUUUCCAACUGCAGCCAAGAUUUAUAGUUCAGCACCCAACUAUCCUUUGUCAUCUGAAGUAUCCCAAAAGCCAUUGUGCACUCAGUUAUGUAGUGGACAGGUUCAGCCUACCAGCCACUUUUGGAGGCUCGUGAAACGGAACGCACCUGAAGAUGGUGAAGAACUGUCUAUCUGCCGCCUCAGUUUUACUUUGUGUUUGACAAAAAAAUGGCACCUCUAGAAUGCAGCCCUUCCUCUUUGAUUCUGUGUUUAGAUGGCUUAACUUUGCCUGCCUGUAAGAGGUAUUAAUGCUGCUUGGACAACUUUGAAUCACUGUGGAUGUAACUUUGACUUUGAUUGACCUCCCUCAGGUCAGUAUAGCAGAGGAACCUCGGCUUCAGUCUGAAAUCUAUGUGGAUCCAAAUGUAAACGCUGCAGUUUGUAGUCGUUUGUCUGACUGCUCUGGUUACUACUCGAGCUCUGUAAAAUUGCAUGGGGUAAUAUGAUGGCCAAAAGGCCAGUUUUGGUUUCAUCUUGACUGAAACCAAAGCCAUGAAGGCCUGUAGCUUCUUCAGUGUCCACAGGCAUGUCUUGUUGGCUUCAUUGACUUGUGGUCUUUUCUUGCAGACCGUUGUUGAGAAGAGCCUGCGUGAGGUAGAUUUGCAGAUGCCAUAUUCUUGAAUUCUUCUUCAUGACCUGACUCUACUGUCUUGUAUCUUUCCCUGAUUGUAAGUCUCAAUAACCUUUUUACAAAUUAGUUAGACUUAUUGGACUUCUUGGCCCUGAUUUGAAUACGUAUCACAGGUCCUGCAUCACCAUCUACCUGAACACUGAAAGGUUAGGAACCGCUGGUUGAAUGUGGAACUUUACAGUAUUGUAUUUAAGUUUGUCGUAUGUCAUGUAAAAUCUUAUCAUGAAAAGUAAAUGUCAGAUAAAUGUAGUGGUGUAGAAGUCUAAAUUAGCAUAAAUUGCAAUUGUAGGUGGUUGCUUUCCACCACUGCCACACUUACUUCUAAGAUCAACCUGAUCUUAGAAGUAGGGCGGAGAAGCAUGAAAGGUCUCUUCUGUUAAUAAAUAAUACAAUCAUAUGAAAUCAAAGAUGGUGUAGGGUUUAUUGUUGCUGGUGGCCAGAAGCUAUAUACUACUGCUAAUUCUACACUGUAAUCUACUGUAUCUUCCAGUGUGUUGACUAAUAAGAGACCUUUCUAGUUCAGACACAAUCAUGUUUUUGUUUCUUAUGUGCGGUGAGUUUACUUUUAACGUUCUUCCUGUCUCGAGUUGUGGUGGUGAUGCAGGAUUGUGAUACUUCAUAUGACUGUCCUUGAUCUGGGCCAGCAACCUCUAAAAACAGUGGGCUCCAUGAAGCUUUAGCUUUAAAUGCAAUCACUUAUCUGGUAUAGUUGUUCAUUUAAAUGAGUUUUACUCUGUAUAUGACGUUUAAAAUGUUCUAUCAACCACUAUUGAUCUUAAACUUAAUUACAUCUGCAGUGAUUCACUGUUUGUUGGAACUGUAUCUGGAUGUGAUGUGAUGUCAUCUCCAUGUGGCCACGCAUUCACGGGCAUUAGAAAAAGAAAUAUGCCACCAAACAAGAAAACCAGAAUGUUUUCCAACAGUGUUUCGGGGUGGAUUUUUCCUUAAAGCUUCAUGGUAAAGUGUGAUCAGUGUUAGCAGAGAAUUGACAUGCCUUUGACAAACAUUGAAAGUGGGGAGGGGUGGGGGGGGGACUCUUUCAGCAGCAAGAUAUUGGUGUCAUAAAGCCAGCAUAGAGCACAGAGACUGUUUUUUGGUUGGGGGGGGGGGGCUUUUUUAAGACAUGGUCACCGAGCAGCAGAACACCAGCAGAGUGGAGCUAAACAGGUUGAAUGAUGAACUGUUAUCAGUAUGAGGAAUUAUGGGCCAUCACAACCUGCAGCAAAUGUUUAAGGGACAUUGGGAUCGAACUCGAACUCCUCACUCAUACUGUAAUACCGUGCUGCAUUGGUUUGCGGUCUGCACCUUAUGGAUCACAAAUACCUUUUAAUUUGUUUUGUUUGGAUUUUUUUAUAAUUGUAGCCCAGUAUAUCUACAAUAAAAGUUAAUGGUAUGGUCAUUCA